GAGGAAGGAAGAGYACGCCCAGAAAGAGGCCAGGAGAAAAGUGUUGAUUGGAGACAUGCAGAGAAUUAUGAGCCUCGGUACAACCAGUUAGGCAAGUAAGGACAUGGCAGAAUUCAUCCUGCUGCAGGAUGAGAUUCACCGGUCCUACUUUACUAACUGGGAUGACCGAAUCUCAGGUCUAGAGACCAGUCAUUCAGCUUUGUCAAAGAAGCUGGAUGACAUCUCUGCGCAGCUGAGCAACAUUGCCAAACAGCUGCAGAUCACCCCUGUUCAGACUGUUCCUCCUUCUUCUGGCCCUUCUGCAGCACCUGUCCCAAAAUCCCCACACUCCAGACCUACAUCCCCACCUCUUACACCCAAGUCACCAGCACCCUCUCAGUCCUCAGCCCCAUUUGAGCCGCAGCGGCCCAAGCUGACCCCUCCACCAAUGUUCUCAGGAGAAGAUCCUAAGGUGGAUGUGGCAGAUUGGGUGACUGCGCAGCGAACCUACCUGAGUGGGUUCAAAUGCGACGAGGAUGUCAAGGUUGUAGACCAGUUCUCAGAUCUUAUGGAGGAGCCUACUGGACUUGUCCAUAGGCAGACCAAACAUAAGAUUGAGAUCCUACCUGGCUCGGUCCCUCCCAAGGGCCGGGUCUACAGGAUGUCUCCUGCUGAACUUGAAGAGCUCAGGAAACAGUUAGAGACCCUGACCAGCAAGGGCUGGAUCAGGCCCAACACAUCUGAGUUUGGGGCACCGGUCCUCUUUGUUCCAAAGGGGAAUGGUGAGUUCAGGAUGUGCGUGGACUAUCGUGGUCUCAACAAAAUCACGAGGAAGUCUACAGAGCCCUUUCCUCGCAUUGAUGACCUGUUGGAUAUGGUGCAGGGCUGCACUAUUUUCAGCAAGAUCGACCUCAAAUCUGGCUACCACCAGAUUGAGAUGGCUGAAGGCGAUGUCCACAAGACAGCCUUCAAAACCAGGUAUGGGACUUACGAGUACCUGGUUAUGCCAUUCGGUCUUUGCAAUGCGCCAUGCACUUUCCAAACAGAGAUGCACCGCAUACUGAGGCCUUACCUGGACAAGUUCGUAGUCGUCUACCUGGACAACAUCUUGGUAUUCAGUCGUUCUGUCCAGGAGCAUGCACAACAUCUGGCUCUGGUCCUCCAGGCCUUACGUGCUAACCAGUAUAAGAUCAACAGGGAGAAGUCCUCUUUUGGAGUUCCCUCUGUAAUCUAUCUGGGACACGUGAUUUCUGGAGAGGGGUUGGUUCCUGAGGCAACAAAAGUUGUUGCAGUUCAGGACUGGCCACGACCUGCUAACAUUCGUGAUGUCCGGUCUUUCUUGGGGCUUGCAUCCUACUACAGGAAGUUCAUUAAGAACUUCUCAGCGAUUGCAGCUCCCCUGACUGAUCUUACAAAGAAAGACACUUCCUUUCUUUGGGCGUCUGAAUGUCAGGAGGCCUUCACACGUCUCAAGGAGGCCUUGAUUCGUGCCCCUGUCCUGAAGUUACCUGACCCUACCUUGCCUUUUGUACUGACUACUGAUGCUAGCCAGUAUGGUGUAGGGGCGGUACUUCAGCAGGAUGAUGGGAAUGGUCUUCAGCCUAUUGAGUAUAUGAGCAAGAAGAUCAAAACCAAGAAGCUGCAGGACUCUACCUAUGAGAAGGAGCUCUAUGCUCUUGUGUCAGCGCUCAAGCAUUGGAAGCACUUUCUCCUGGGCAAGCACUUCAAGAUCUUUUCAGAUCACUCCACCCUUCAGUGGAUGAAGUCCCAGGGAGAGCUGAAUGACAAGCUUGCUCGCUAUAUCCAGUUCAUUGACAUGUUUGACUUUGAACUGAGACACAAGAAGGGCUGCUACAAUAGAGUCGCAGAUGCCCUUUCUCGUAGGCCUGUCGCUCUCUUUCUGAUCUCCUUUACUCACUCGUUUGGAGAGAGGACCCGUCAGACCAUUGCCGAGUUGCUGCCCCAGGAUGAGAUCUUUGGGCCUAUUGUGAGGAAUCUCCAGGACGAUCCUGCCUCUGAACUAGGGUACUCUCUGGUCUCAGGCCUGCUGUACACGUGCAGCAGAGGCGAGGAGCGCCUGUGCAUUCCCCAGGACCGCAAGCUGAGGACACUUCUGAUGUCAGAGUGUCAUGACGCUCGUGGUCACUUUGGUGCCCUCAAAUCUUAUGCAGCCCUGUCGCAGCGCUUCUUCUGGAAGGAGUUGAGGAGUGGCAUGCUGCACUAUGUGGAAACCUGUGAGUUAUGCCAAAGGAACAAGGUGGUACGACGACUUGGCUUACUCAAACCCCUACCUAUCCCUGAUGCUCCUGCACAGUCAGUUUCUAUUGAUUUUACCGACUUGGGUAGGACUACACCACGAGGUAUGGGUCAGGUCAUGGUAUGUGUGGAUCGAUUCUCCAAAUAUGCAGAGUUCAUCCCCUUACCAGCUGAGGCUCGUGUGCCGGCCGUCCAGGCGGCGUUUGCUGACAGGUGGGUUACACAUCAUGGACCACCCACCUCCAUUGUCAGUGACAAAGAUCCCCGUUUUUGCAGCAAUGAAUGGCAAUCCUACUGCAGGGAUUACCUUCAUUCGAGGUUGGACAUGACAUCUGGUCGUCAUCCUGAAGCCAAUGGUUAGGCUGAAGUGAUGAACCAGAUUCUGUUCCAAUUGCCGCGUCCCGUGAUC